AAAAUAAAAGAAGAGUCUAAAAAAGGAAGUCCCUUUCAGCCAAGGAAAAUUAAACACCGUGGACCAAGUUGGAAACGUGAUGGAAGCUAGCUUGUCUCAGGAAAUAAUUACUAAAAGAAGACCUUUGCACUCUCUCUUAUUCAAAUUGAGAGAUUACACAACUUGUGGCAAUCCAUCCAUUAUCAUACUGAGAAAUAUUCUGCCGCCUUCUCUGUGCAGAAACUUCCUAUUUUUAUCACACACAUAAGAGAGAAAUUAAGAGAGAAGGAGUGAGAUGGCUUAUGCUGCUAUUACUUGUCUUAUGAGAACCAUUAACCAAUCAAUGGAACUUACUGGAUGUGAUUUGCAACCGUUCUAUGCAAGGCUUGAAUCCCUGAGAGCUAUUCUGGAUGAAUCCUGCAAUUUAACGGGCGAUCUCGAGGCAUUAACAAGCUUGGAAGCUGAAAUCGCAGAACUAGCAUACACAACAGAAGAUACGGUUGACUUAGAAUCAAGAAAUGUUUUUUUAGCACAAAAUGUGGAGGAAGGAAGCAGAGCAAUGUGGGAGCUCUUUUUCCUCUUGGAACAAGCACUAGAAUGCAUUAACUCCACCAUGAAACAGUACAACAGCAUGAAAGAUCUAAAACCACAAACUUACUCUCUUUCCAGUAUACCUGAGCAUGCUGUGGAGCGGCCCGAGAAUAUAAUGGUUGGCUAUGAAAAUGCAUUCGAGAUGAUGCAGGAUCAACUUUCUGGAGGAGAAAGGGAACUAGAAGUUGUCUCAAUCGUAGGGAUGGGGGGCAUAGGCAAGACAACUUUGGCUACAAAACUCUAUAGCGAUCCAUGCAUUAUAUCUCGAUUUGAUAUUCGCGCAAAAGCUACUAUUUCACAAGAGUAUUGUGCGAGAAACGUACUCCUAGCCCUUCUUUCUUCUACAAGUGAUGAACCUUAUGAUCAACUGGCAGAUCGACUACAAAAGCUUCUAAAAGUCAAGAGAUACUUGAUAUCCAUUGAUGACAUAUGGACUACAAGAGAUUGGGAUGAUAUAAAAUUAUGUUUCCCAGACUGUAAUAAUGGAAGCCGAGUACUCUUGACUACUCGGAAUGUGGAAGUGGCUGAAUAUGCUAGCUUAGGUAAGCCUCCUUAUCACAUGCGUCUCAUGAAUUUUGAUGAAAGUUGGAGAUUAUUGUAUCAAAAGGUCUUUGUGAAAGACUCUUUUCCCCCUGAAUUUGAAUGGCUUGGGAUACAAAUUGCAUACAAAUGCGGAGGAUUGCCUCUAGCAAUUGUUGUGAUUGCCGGGCUUCUCUCCAAAAUUGGCAAAGCAUUGACUGAGUGGCAAAGUGUUUGCGAGAAUGUAAGUUCAGCAGUAAGCUCAGAUCCUGAAGCCCAAUGCAUGAGAGUCUUGGCUUUGAGUUAUUGUCAUUUGCCUUCUCGCCUAAAACCGUGCUUUCUACAUUUUGCAAUUUUCCCAGAGGAUGAACUUAUUUCUGCAGAUAGACUUGUGGAGUUAUGGGCUGCAGAGGGAUUUUUAAAUGUAGAAGAGUUGAAAAGUAUAGAAGAGGUGGCAGAAACAUGUCUAAACGAACUUAGAGAUAGAAGUUUAGUUUCUGUCCACAAAUUGAGUUUUGAUGGAAAAAUAGAGAGUUGUCGAAUGCAUGAUGUGACCCGUGAGCUCUGUUUGAGGGAAGCUCGAAAUGUGAAUUUUGUGAAGGCUGUAGGGGGAAAGAGUAAUCAAAUUCCUUGUCCGCAAUCCAUGCAGUGCUCCUCUAAGAGUCGAGGUCGGAUCGGUAUCCAUAGUAGGGAAGAAUUCUCUGGGUGCCGUAACAGUGAGGCCCAUACUAUUAUCAUGUUUGGUAGCUCCCGAUUCCUCAUGCAGGAGUUCCAUUUCAAGCUAGUAAGAGUACUAGAUCUUACUCUAAUUAAAUUUCCAAGUUUUCCCAGUUGGAUACUACAUUUAAUUCACUUGAGAUACCUAGCUUUUUGUCUUUAUCCUCUCUUAGAGCUGUGUCAAAGAUCCAAAGAAAAGGUUCCCUCAUCAAUAAUAGACGUUCCCUCAUCAAUAAUAGACAUUCCUCCAUCGAUAUCAAGCCUAUGUUAUCUGCAAACUUUUAUACUUUAUGAUACCAGUGACCAUAAAUAUCCUUUUAUAUUACCAUCAGAAAUUUUGACGAUGCCGCAAUUGAGGCACCUCCAUUUGGACUGGAAUUACUUGCGGUAUUAUGAGCCUACAGAGAAAAGUUUUGUUUUGAAAAAUUUGCAAUGUCUCUUUGGAUGGAAUCCUUUGUAUUGUACUGGGUCUGCAUUUAGACUAUUUCCCAAUCUAAAGAAGUUGCAAAUUAGUGGCGCCCCAGAAGACUUUCGUAUUCGCAAGGAUCAGUGUGAUUUUCGCUACUUACAUCAGCUCGAGGAAUUGGAAUUUAAUCUUAGUAAUCCAUUAUUUGACGGCUUUCUAGAAAGAAUUACACCUUCAGGUUCUACUCUGCAAAAUCCUCUAAGGUUUCAGUGCAGAGUGCUAGGUGCUUUUCCAACUCUGCCCCUACCUCCGCCAGAUGCUUUUCCACAAAACCUUAAGGAUUUAACUUUUAAAGGAACUUUCUACUUGCCAAGGAAGGAUCUGAGCAUUGUUGGUAAAUUGCCCAAACUCGAGUCCCUUCAACUAGAAGGUGUCUGGUUAGCUUGGGAGUGGGAAGUAGCUGAGGAAGGGUUUCCUCUCUUGAAGUCCUUGAAACUGAGCAAAUUGUAUAUACGGAACUGGAGAGCAAACGAUGAUCACUUUCCAUGCCUUGAACGCCUAUUUCUUGAAGAUUGCCGGUUUUUGGAUUCAGUCCCUCAAGAAUUUGCAGAUAUAACCACACUUAGUCUAAUUGAUAUAAAUGGAUGUCCAUAUUCUGUUGGGAGUUCCGCCAAGCAGAUUCAACAGGACAUUCAAGACAAUUAUGGAGGUUCUAUUGACGUCCAUAUUCGUCAUCCUGUCAACUGGUGAUGAUCUUAAGGUGUUCUGCGGAUUAUCCAGUUCUCUGAAAGAAAUAUCAAUUGAGAAAUCAAAUGUGUGUGGUGUAGUUUUUGUUUAUUUUCAUUUUCUUUCAAUAAUUUUAGAAUAGGAGGCAGGAUGAUUGCAAAUGGCUUGUAAUUUAAUUUAUGUGAUCUUUAGUAUAGCUGUUUGUCAGUGUUUUUGUAAAUACUCCAAAUAUUAUGUUCAUAUUGUAUGUGCCAGAACAGGCUCCAUUCCGCAAA